GUUUUUAUCCGCCGUGCCGGGAACACGCGCGAUCCGCUCGCUCUCGAUCGCGUACAGCUAGUGCGCUCCAGUCGUACCGUUCGAUGCACGAGCUCAUCCCACGCUGCUGUGUGCGCCCGCGUAAGGGACAAACGAAUACAAUCCAAAAGGACGGUACGCCUCCGCGUGGCCCUUGCAGCCCUGCAGCGAACGCAUCGUGGCGUAGGCGUGUGCUGGAUACGCAUGUACACGCGUCGUGCAUUUGGAGCUUACGUACGAAAGCUUUAGCUGGCGGCUUUCCUCACCAAGGGAUGUUGAUCGCUGUUUGCGCUUCUUGAUGGGGUUGCGCCCGAGGCCCGUGUGUAGUUGUUCCAAUGUUUUUGUUGCCUUCGUUUACCCAUUGCGUGGGGUGUAAACUUCCGUGCGUGAGUGUGACCGGUGAAUGGAAGUGAGCUGUGAACCGUAAAAUAGAGGCUUUGAGAAGAAGAGGAAAAAAACUACAAGUGGGGUUUGUUUUCGUUGCCGUCGUGCCGUCGGCAACGCGUUUGCCAAGUGUUGGUGUGUUGCGGUUUGAUGGGAGAAACGGAAAAGGGUGGAGAAAUCAUCCAAAAAGUGCGACCUGUCGUCCUACGCUCGCAGACGUACGCGGUUUGACAAAACUCUCAAACCCAAACCCCCUUUUUGGCUGAUUAAAUUUCUGGAGACUCGCGUGUGACAGGCGCCUGUUGACGCCCUGGUGACGGUCUGGUAUUUGUCCCCGCAAUAUGGAUGAGUGGGCAUCACCGGCGUCGAGGAUUUGUAGCCGAACGAUAGGAUGGUUUCGUUGUUUGAGCGGCCGUUGAAGUUACUUCACAGCGAUCAUCUUAUUGGUCCAUCGAAUUUGAUCGUUAUCAACUUUGGUGAUGAAAUCAAUGGUUUUAAAGUGUCAGUACAUUAGUGCUUUGUUUUAAAUGGUUUUAGUAUCGAUCGUGUAUGAGAACAAGUGCCAGUGACAGAUAGAUUCGAGGCGAAAAAAAGCAUGUAAGAUAAUUAUAGUAUACGCAAUCGUGAAGCUUGAAAGUGAAAGUGAUUUUGGAAAGAAGAGCAUUACAACCGUCAAGAAGAAUUCAGCAAGAUAACAGCAACGAUCGGAUUUAUCAACACUGUUUACAGUAGCGAUGUACUACAUGUGGCUGGAUCUACGAUAAAAGUAACCGAAAACAUUUCUUCGGCCACAAAAAGGAAAUACGUAUUGCAUGCGGAUCACGAUGCGUCACAACAACAUCGAGUCGAUCAGUGCGAUCACCUUCAAUCAGCAGCCAUCGAUGGAAGCGUCGAUGGCGGAUGCAAAUAAUAACCACAACGGUAGCAGUUAUAUCAGUCUUUCGAUGGCAGCAGACGGGGCCGGAUCGCUCGUGUCCGAAAUCAAGAAGGAUGAAAAGUAUUCCCUCCGUCAAAGGCAAUCGCGUCGUACCACACAGGAGAUUGCAAAUGUUAGUAAAACCACGACCACAACCAAGGAGAAGGCGACGCCAAAGGAAAAACCGAAACCCAAAGCGGCCCCCCUCAGCAAGUACCGGCGGAAAACGGCCAAUGCACGGGAGCGUAGCCGUAUGCGAGAGAUCAACAGUGCGUUCGAAAAUCUGCGACGAGCUGUACCGGUAGCGGUGGCUGGAACGAGUGGUACUAGUUCCCCCGUUAGUUCUCCUCAGUGUUCGGGAAGUGCGGCAUCGAGUGAAAAGCUUACCAAGAUUACCACCUUGCGACUGGCGAUGAAGUACAUUCGGAUAUUGAGCGAUAUGCUUCACGGAACUACCGGAACACUCGAAAACAACAACGACCUGGAUAUGAUUAACCACAACGAGAUAGAACGGGAAGUGAUGCAAAAGGGUUUGCUGCUGUUGGAAGGUGGAUACCCGACAGGCACUCCCGGAUACAUCUCAUCCUCACCCGCCGUAUCACCGGCACGACUUCCCAUCGAUCCUAAACCUACGUCAGCAUCUUCCAAAAACAACUCGCAACAAUCCAGCACCACCUCAUCCACCAAUCCUCGGAAGCGAUCGUCCAAUAAACGGGCAACCACGUCCAGCAGCGGUCGCACCAAGAAAUCGACACCACCGAGUUCCACCCCGAACAACUCCAGAUCACGGGGAACGGCUGGAAGCAAUGGGCGUAAGGCUACCAGAAAUUCACCAACGUUGGAAAAGAUAGACGAUAAUAUUCAGCUAACGGCGCCCAGUUUACUACCGGACCCUACCCGUCCGGAUCCACUCGGAAUGGAUGUAGAUCUAAGCUCGGUGCUCGAGUCGGAUAACGACUCACUCAUACUAUCCGAACCGUGUCUUAGCCCACUGACCGCCGGUGUUGGACCGGGCGUACUUAAAUCCCACAACUUUGCCUGCACCAACAGUCAGUCGGUGGUGCCGAACGAUGGUCUAGAGUUUGGAUUGUUCCUAGAAUCGGACGCUGAUUCGUUACAACUGUCCGAACCGUGUCUGAGCCCCCUUAGCCAUCUCGAUUCGUUGAACCCAUUCAACGAUCUGCUGCAUACCGGCUUCAACGAGCAGACGGCACUCGAGCUGUAUCUAUAACCCGGUCUGAAGGUCGCCCGACGACCCAAUGGAAAUUCUUCACCAAGUUCCCGUUUUGUUCAUAUUUUGUUUAUUUAGACGAUUGUAUGUAGGUUUAGGGUAGCCCAAGUGUCAAUGAAAGUCCCAGUAAUUUAUUCUCACCGUGUCAUAUUAGUUAGGAAAAAGCAACCGCCCGGCGCCCGGAUAUUAACGAUCACGGCACUCGAUGGACCAGCGUCGCUGUAUUGAGCGAACGAAACUUGCCGCGUGGUCGAAUUAUUUUAGAAACGUCCGGCGCAAGCUUACCGUGACUUCCAUAUAAAGCCAUUUGCCAUGAUUUUUUUUCAUUUUCUUAUCUACCUUCUGUUUCGUUUUUGGACAAAAAUUCCCCUAAACGCUUUGAUGGACUUUGUUUUUUUUAUUUAAUUAAUUUCAUAUACAGACUCAAGAGAGGGAUGAAGUAGAAACAAUCACAAAGCAAUGUGGCUUCCACCUAUGCAUAAUAAAAAAAAUUUCACCUUCAUUUGAAUUAGAUCACGAAGCAUGCUUUUUACAAACGCCACUAAUCCGUCACGAGUUGGAUCACUUCCGCACACAUUUGUGCAUGCAAAUUCACGAUUUAAAGCAAUCAUAAUAGAUCUUAAUAGGCUAUUUGUCACAUUCCUUUUGUCGUGCCGCUUGAAGAUGAGUUCAGGUUGAUUUAUUGCCACACCAACAGUGGGUGCUUUUUUGCAUGCGAUGAUCAUCCUUUCGUACGAAACGCCAUCGAUCAUGUUUAAAUGGAUUGUCGUUCAUUGCCAAACCGAUAAUAUGAAUUUAUUCUUGUCACUUAUCUCAAAUCUGUUUCCACUCUUCAGAUUCUUGCUUGUUGAAGAUUUGGCAUAGUAUAAAAGGUGCUACUCACGACAUUGGCAUUGUUAUUCAGCAUCAGAUAUAUAGCUACUGACAUUAGAGAAAAAAAACACAAACACAGUCUAAUUGGAUCAGUAUUGCUUGCCAAAUUGGAGCCCGUUAAAUUUAAUGCAACAAAUCAAACACCCAGACACAAUUCCCACAAUGAAAUAUUCUAUCUCCUCUAUUGUGCAUGUUUCGCUACGGCUUAGAACAAUCCAUAUAAAUCACACACAUUAAUCCCCGUUUACACCCCAUACUUUAUGGCUUAUCGCGAUGACUCCAUUUCCAGCCAGUUAUGGUACCAUUUUUGGAUCUGCUAGCAUUUCAAUUCGUUCGUUAUACUUUAUGCAUAACUUCCACCGCUUGUACCCUGUGCACGACGUUUCGCCUGGCGUCGAAUGCCGAUUGCACAUACCGUUGCAUAAUGCAUCUUAGCACGUGGAAGCACAUUGUCGUCAACGGUUCGGCCCGUAGUUGACCAGCCACGACGGAAUAGUUACCGCUUUACCUAUUUCUUAUACCCACCUGCAUCUAGGAGUGCCAUUGGAAGGGAUAGCCACCCCCACAAUUCUGAACUAUCCCUACAGGGGGGUUAAAUUUCCUCCCACCCUGUAUCAUUAGCAAAACUGCAACGUGCCAAUUGCGGUUGGAUAUAAGGUAGAUCCGCUGGGGUUUGUUUUGAUUUUUUUUUGUUCCGUUUUUCCACAUCACUUCCGAAGGCAAUUGUACGGCGGACAAUCUCGCCCUACGAUGCUAGCGCUAUGUGAUGAUUAAUAGCAGAAACUGCAAACUGCUCCGUACAACUCAACAGAGAAUGGAACGUGUUGCGAACGCUGUCAGCACGUGGGUAGGCGUUACUAACUGCAUUUACUGAAGCGUAACGAAGCGGAACGUUACACUGACCAAGCACCUGUUACUUGGCGUCUGUUUGCCGCAUAAAAUGGUGCCAACCUGCUACCGAACAAAACUAUCGUACGUUUAAUGUACGUACGUAAACAACCGCCAUUGUGCACAAGCGGGAAUUUGUGGUUCGUUUUAUUAACCUUGUGGAAUACUUUUUUUUCUCGAGAUUUUGAUCUGAUUCAUUACGUCUUUUCACUGGUUUCCUUAUAAAUCAAUAAAAUCGCAAUCGUAAUUUCAUUUCAUCAAAACCAACCCGUUUCUUCAUAACCAACCACUUAGUCAAUUUCCUUACCUCGAAUGUAAUGUCCGCAACUUGAAGCGUGCAUGCGACCGGACCUCGAUUAUCUGCCUAUCCUGGACAGUCUGCACUGUUGGUAGCCGAAUCGGUAGCUCAAUGUUGCGCCAAACAGCACCAAGAUUGUAUUAUCAUAAAGUCAAUCUUCAAGAUUUGCCAUUUUCAACCUUUCACCAGACGAGAGAGCGUACGGAUUUGGUCAUCUUACCGCAAACAGACUUCGCUCAUAAGCAUGAGGUACCAGGAGAAACCAUGAAUUGUUGGUUUAUGCAUAUCAAAUUCAAGCGGAAAGUGUUUUUGUUUGCAACCUUUUUUAAUGUGCAUUAUAGCAUGGCCAUUAUUUUUUAUGAAGUUGAUACAAAGUGCCUACUGAAUAUUGGGGUUUCCUUUUACUUCUAGUACAUUAUGCUUGAGAAUAUGCUUGAAAAUAGACUUGCAGUUAACUAAUGCAGUCAAUAUCACGAAGUAUAAAAGUCAUUAAACAAAACGCUAAACGAUAGUUCAGGAAAACGAAAAUAGUUUAAAGUCAAUUUCUUGCAAAUUAUCAAUAAAGCCAGGCUGUUCUACACGAAUAAAAUAAAAAACCUUGGAAAUCCCAUUCGAAGACUUCAAUUCAUCCCAUUUGAAGAGCAAAAAAUUAAACUAUCUUGAAAUAUAAGCUAUUCAUCACUCAACAGAAACGCAAAAUGAAAUAUCGUAACCAGCUACGGAAGUCAUGCAGGAAACGAACUUACCCAUACGCUAUUUAAUUUUAUCUUUAACACGAUUCUAUUCAGCUUCCAUACGGGCACAUUCCAGAGAUGAUAAAGUGAAACAAAAUACACAUUGUAAAAAAAAACUAUAAGAUACUAUUUAAGCUAGAUCGUAAUGUUUCUUUCUUUUCCAUGUAUUAUCUUCACAUCGCUCUCAAUCACUGUUAGUAGCAUGUAUUGUUGCAAACGGCAUUUAAUCAUAAGUAAACAGCCAUGAGCGUGUAAAGGUCUAGUUUUUACUAGUUGUUAAGUACCACACAAAAUGGCCAGCCUUUUUGUUUUUGUUUCGGAUUUCCUAUGUAUAAAGGCUAGGCUUAUCAGUAGAAAAAAAAAGAUCCACGCUUUUUUUUGCUAGCAAAUUGUAAAGAUCAUCGUAGUUACAGCUGGUACACCUUUGUACAGAAGAGUUAAGCAAUGUCCUAGUAUGAUUGUGUCCUUCACAAUUGCAUGAUAAGUAAGAGUUGAAAAGUAGUAAAAAUCACAUGUUUUAUAUAAAUUCUA